AUGGCUAGUACGACAACAAUCCAACUGCCCGCAGGGCCCAUCAAAGCGAACCUAGUGGACAGCAACCUCGUUCACGCGCGGGGAAUUCCCUACGCCAGAGCCCAGCGGUUCGAAAAGCCACAGCCGGCUGGGAGCUGGACAGAAGCUUUAGACUGCACCAAACGCGCACCAAUAUGUCCCCAGCUCCCUUCGCGGCUCGAGUCUGCCAUGGGCCCGUUGACCACGGGCCAUAGCUUAAGCGAAGACUGCCUUCGCAUUUCCAUCAUUACUCCCAAAGACGCCAAAAAUGCUCCCGUCAUGGUCUGGCUGCACGGCGGCGCCUAUAUAUCCGGUGGUGGAGAUCUAGACUGCUACCAGCCGGUCGACCUAGCCAAGCGGGGUAUCGUCUGUGUUAACAUUACCUACCGAUUGGGUGUAUUCGGGUAUCUCCACUUGGAUGGCAUUUCACCCGCCAACCUAGGACUAUUGGAUCAACGUGCUGCGCUGCAAUGGAUCCAGGAAAACAUCUCUGCGUUCGGGGGAAACCCGGACAAUGUUACGAUGGUCGGACAAUCUGCGGGUGCGGAUUCAAUUAUUUGCUUGAUGGUCUCGGAGAAUACCAGAGGCCUUUUCCAUCGCACUAUCCUUCUUAGCCCGCCAUUACGAGAGCUGAAGGAACGGACUCCCACGGCACCUCUGCUCACGCAGAAGGCAGAGCAACUUCUCGCCAAGGAUCCCAGAGAGAUGUCCAUAGACAAACUCCUUGGCCUCCAAAAGCAGCUGCUGAUGAACCCCAUUCAGAAGCAAGUCAUGUUAUUUGCACCCGCUCUCGGAUACUAUCCUCUACCCGCCGAGAUAGACUUUGAUCAGACAGUGUCCCAGGCUGCGAAGGAGAUCCCCAUUCUCAUCGGCUGGACUGGCCACGAUGGCCGCCCCUUUGCUAGCAUUAUGGGACCACAAAGCCUACUCAAAUUACCCUUCAUCGGAUCUUAUGUGGAGGCUCUUGGUACCUGGUAUAUUACGCAGAGCUACUUCAAGUGGCCAUCUCAGCGUUUCCAUCAGCUAGUGCUCCAAACAGGUGGGAGAUCGACAAGCUAUUCAUUUAACUGGGUAGGUACAAACAACCCUCUAGGAGCAUGUCACUGCAUCGACAUUCCAUUUGUGCUGGGAACAUGGGAAGCCUGGGAGGCUGCUCCUAUGCUGGCCGGUAACGACACAAAAGAACAGCUUGCUCGUUUGGGUUCAUACCUCAAAGAUUUGUGGGUUGGAUUUGCAAAUGGAAGGCAGCUUCAGAAUGGCCAUAUUGAAAUUGGGAGGGAGUUCAUCCUGUCUGGACAUGUCUUUGGAAAUAACAGAAUAUGA